AAAAAUAACGCAUACAGUGGAUCAAUUUCAUAAUGUGACUGCGAGGAGGUGUUUAGGAUGCCGAGCAGCUGCUGACAAACUUCACCACAGUUCACAGCCACAUAGCUGUCAGUUGACCCCAGAGGAAGAAGGAAUGCCGCCUUUAGUUGGAGCUGAGUUGAUCCUGACACCAGUGCAGCUCUACCGAUAUCUCCUCAGAUGCUGCAAACAGUUACCAACAGCAGCAAUGCAGCAGCACUAUCGUCAUGCUAUUAGACAGAGUUACAAAAGUCAUGCAGAUGAAGAUGACCCAGAGAGGAUACAAAUGAUAAUCCAAAGAGCUAUUGCAGACGCUAACUGGAUUCUUGAUAAAUAUACCAAGAAGAAGUGAAGUCUGUAAACCACAAGUGUCCACCAGUCCUGCAUUCUGUAGUGCUGCGCUUGACAGAAGUCGUAGUUGUGGGAACACAGUUUCUAUGUCUGACUCUUGAGUGUUCACUGUGUUAUUUGUUCUCAUCGUCCCCACUAGCCAUUGGCUAUUACUAUAUACUGUAAAUUGACUACUAAAUUCAGUAUAAUGUUAAUUGUAUAAUGUGUAUAAUGUUAAAAAGUGUACAUCCUGUUCAGAUUGCAAUGAGAUGACUGUGUACUGUGUUUCUUUUUCAAUAAACAAAUUCUCUAACUAUA